GCAGCGUCAGCAGUACACGCGCUGAUGUUGUGAUUGACGGGCAGUAGUCAUGUUAAAGUUUCGUUUUGCUUGUUGCCGUCAAAAAUAUGUUCUAAGUAACUAAAGGACGAUGUCAGAAAUACUCAUGAAGGAAAUGGAGAAUAUAUCAAUAGGUCCAGUGAUGCCGAAGAAGCGUCCUGAUGGUACCCAGAGCUUCCUUCUCGUGGACGAACAAGAAAACCUGCAGGUCCGCAGUGAGGCUGAGUUUGUGGAGAGACUUGGUUGUGCAGAUGUCGCAGGUGUCAAGGUUCUCUCCAUCUUUGGCAACACUGGCGACGGCAAGUCCCACACACUUAACCACAUCCUGUUUGGUGGAGAAAGUGUGUUCUACACUUCCAAGUCUCCUAGCUCUUGCACGGUGGGAGUGUGGGCUGCUUACAAUCCCACUCUCAGCCUGGUCGCCCUGGAUACAGAAGGACUAUUGGGAGCGGCAGCCAAUCAGAACCAGAGAAUGCGCCUGCUGCUGAAGGUUUUGGCAGUGUCUGAUAUAGUAAUCUAUCGCACACGGGCAGAGCGCCUCCACAACGAUAUGUUCCAGUUCCUGAGUAGCGCCUCAGGGGCCUAUCUGAAGCACUUCACCCCUGAACUGAGGGCCCUGUCCAGUCGGUGUGGUCUGGAUGUGCCCCUGUCUUCUCUUGGGCCUGCCGUCAUUGUCUUUCAGGAGACUACACACACACAACUGCUGGCCCAUGACUCCAAGGUGGUCGGCCAUGCUGACACGCUCCUGCAGAAGCGUUUUCAUGACCUGGGUUUGGGAACGGAGGCCUUCAGUGCGGUGCAGUAUGUAGGCACGCAGACCAUCACACCUCCCACAGACUACAGCCGCCUGCUGGAGGCCGUCAGGCAGCAAGUGAAGAACACUCACACACGCUCCCCCCGCCAGCCUGGGAUAGUAUUUCAAGCUCUGGAAGCUCUCAGUGACCGUUUCUGUGGGGAACUAUCAGACGACAAGAUGACACUGUAUUCCUUCUUCCCAGACGAGUACUUCACUUGCUCCUCUGUCUGCCUCAGCUGCAAUAUUCGCUGUAAAAAUGGGAUGAAUCAUCUGAGAGACAGGGUCCCCCACAUGGCAGAUGGUCUCUGCCAGUUUGCACACCAGUACAACAACAAGGUCCUGAUCUGUAAGCGUUGCUAUGAAGGAGGCAGAGAGGUGAUUGUCAUACCCAAAACAUCAGCUUCUGCAGACAACCCAUGGUUUGGACUGGCCAAAUACGCGUGGUCAGGAUAUGUGUUGGAGUGCUAUAGCUGUGGGGUAAUCUACCGCAGCAGACAGUACUGGAUGGGAAACCAGGACCCUGAGAGCAGUGUUGUGAGAUCGGAGAUCAAGCACGUCUGGGAGGGGUCUGACAGCUUCCUGACCAGCCACCAGAACGCUGCUCAGAGGGUCCUGGAUGGGAUGAAUUAUGUCAUUCAGUCAGUGUCUGAAUAUGGCACCGGCCCAACUAAAGCUGUUGCAGCCUGGCUCACUGACCAAGUGGCACCUCCAUACUGGAGACCCAACGCAGAGAUUACAGCCUGUCAUGGAUGUCAGAAGGUGUUCGAGGAGGCUGAGAGGAAGCAUCACUGUCGAUCAUGUGGCGAGGGUUUCUGCCAUCCCUGUUCCAGCCACAGGAUGCCGGUGCCAGAGAGGGGCUGGGGCAGCAGUCCUGUCAGAGUAUGUAAGGACUGCUACCGCCAGGGAGGACCACCUGACACGAGCAGUGAGGUGUGUAAAGUGGAGCCUCGUGGUCUAAUAGCCCGCAGGGUGACAGAGGUGGCCCAGUCUACACUGGACAUGGUCUCUACAGCUGUGGACUACCCUCUUUGUUUUGUGAAGGAUGUGGCUCGGCCAGACUACUGGAUCCCUGACCAGAACAUCACCCAGUGCCACCAGUGCUCCAAAACUUUUACUGCAGCCAUGUCCAAGCACCACUGCAGGGCCUGUGGGCAGGGCGUGUGCGGUCCCUGCUCCACACACAUCAAGCCUGUGCCUUCUCGAGGGUGGGACCACCCGGUCAGAGUGUGUGACAGUUGUCAUGCCCGCACUGACAGCCUGUAAUCACCACCACCCUCCUCUCCACGCACACACACACACACACCCUCACAGUGCUCUCAGUCUUCCUCAGUCGGAAAUGCUGCUCCAGGAUGACAAGAGGGAUCAACUUAUCAGCACUAAAGGACAAAAAACUGGAAUGGGCUUAGUUUCUGUGUGACUGGAUGGGCUGCUCAGAUGCUUGAAGUGAUCACCAUCCAGGUUGUAGACUCAAAUAUCUGCUCUCUAUCUGAUCUGCCUUCUUUAAUCAGGCAAAAUAAAUUAAAAAAACUGCCACAGAUCAGUUUCACUACAGCUCCAGCUGACAAACUGCUUUAAAACUAACUGGACAAAAGGCAAGCGGGACGUAUCUUUUUAAGUGACUGCUUUUAAAAUGUAAGAAGUUAGCGGAGUUUAUACUCUUCACUGAACCUCAGUGUAAUCAUCCAUCUGUUUUUGCUUGUCCCUAUUCUCAGUUUGAACAGUUUUUUAGCUAAAAGGACAAGUAAAAGGGAAACGCCACGAAUGGUGGAAAAUAUUGAUGUUUAUAGCUCCUUUAGUGAAGAGCCAAGCCAUAGCAGCCACCCAUGUGGUCUCCUUUUUGACUCUAGAAAAGCUGAGAUGAUGUGAUGUGACUUUAUCCUGCUGGAUUGGCUUCCUGAGAACUGUGUGUCCUUCAUAUCUUGAAGUAUCUAAAUCACUGUGUGAGGAAUAUGCAGUUUGAGGUGUUCCCAGCAGCGAAAGAAUCAGCGCAGAAACAUGAUCUGCAGCUAUGUGUGCCUUAAUUGUAAUCUUAUCCAUUUCUGUAGCCUCUGUUUGUUUCUGCAGACUCCUCCAUAUAUGCUACACCUGAAGAGCAUAUGUCUGCCUAAUUGCAGAGAAAUGUCAUUUCUAGCCUUGAUCCUCAAAUUCAUGCAAUUGUAAAAUGGUGAAACGGAUAAGAAAAUCUGUAUCUUAAUACAAUUAGACAUUCCAGUGUUUAAAAAAUCCCAGUGUACUGAUGUAGAUUUAACUCUGAUGCGUAUCAGUGAUGUUUGGUGAAGCUCUCCUAAAAUAAUGAUAAUGCAACUGCACUUUACUGGACAACAAUCCCAUUAAAUCACAUGACAAUGUAGAGUUCAAAUUAUAUAAACACUGAUUAUAAAAUGA